AUGGCCGACGAAAUGGAGACAUUCGCUGCCCGCCUUGCCAGCUUCGAUCUGGUAUUGCACCCAGAGAAACGGAGAACAUCGAGCGCAAAGGCCGUUAAAUCUAUUGCGUGGCCGCACCGCAGGCCAUCGCCCGCUGAGUUGGCGCACGCGGGCUUCUACUACAAUCCCUACGAAACAAAUCCAGAUAACACAACAUGCUUUCUGUGUCAUAGAGCGCUUGACGGAUGGGAGGAAGAAGACAACCCAAUAACCGAGCAUCUGAAGCAUGCGAAUGAUUGCGGCUGGGCUGUUAUGAUGGAUAUUCAGCAGCACAGCUCAAACCCCGCUGAGAUAGAGGAUCCCACAUGUGACAAGAUAAGAGAGGCGAGACUAGCCACCUUUGGCACUUCAUGGCCGCAUGAUGGGAAACGAGGGUGGGUGUGUCAGUCAGAAAAGAUGGUCGACGGAGGGUGGUAUUUUUGCCCUACUGAAGAGAGCAAUGACCUAGCAAGCUGUGCAUAUUGCAAGUUGUCCCUCGAUGGGUGGGAACCCAAGGACGAUCCCUUUGAUGAACAUUACCGUCGUUCCGCGGACUGUUCGUUUUUCGUCUUUGCUCAGCCUCCUGGCGUCUCGUCUUUCAACCCAAUCAACUGCGUCGGAAGUUAUCUCGGAAAUCGAAGACCCAUGGACCAGAGCACUAUCUCGCAGCCAGCUACCAAGACGAAAGCAACCAAAAAGUCAUCUAAGUCGAAAUCAAAGAAUGUGAAGUCUAAAAAGGAAGAGGCGGCGGAGACCGACAGCCAGAUGGAUAUUGAUACAGCCGACUAUAGCCAACCCGAGCCCCCCAAAACAAAACGAACCACGCGUGGAAAGAAGAGGACAAGCGACCAAGUAGAAAGGGAACAAGUGAAUGUGGCUGACUCGGAAAACUUUGAGGACGCCGAACCACCCACUAAAAAGCGAGCCACAAAGUCGCGAAACAGCAUUCAACACGACGCCAAUCAGAACGAUGAAGUCACCGUGGACAUACAGCCGGAAGAGAGUAUCCCAGAAGACGAGCCCAAAAAUGGUCGCGGAACCACGAAGAAAAAAGCUCCUUCAAAGAGCCGUAAAGCCUCUAGCGGCUCAUCUACGUCUAAAACCGCUUCAAAAUCUCGCGUGCCUAAUGACGACGAGCUUGACGCAGCACUUGUGGCCGAUUUAGAACAACCGGAAACCGAAGAGCAAAGUCUGCAGGUUGUGCAGAAGCCAUCGAAAAAGUCCAAGUCCAAGAAGAAGCAGAAGACAACACCAGAGCCGCAGGAUGUGGUCGACCAUGUCGAUGAGGAAGAGACCCGGCCAGGCAAAGAAUUGCCUGAAGAGCCUGAAGAGCCUGAAGAGUCUGGCUCUAGGCCAGCAGCCCAAGAGGAUAAGCCGGGCCAUGUCAAAUCCACGCGCAACUCAAGGGGCUCUAACAUCCCCGAGCCACAGCCGGACCUUGACACAGAGAAAGCACCGAAGACACGGAAGCGGUCGGGAGCAGCCGAGACAUCAAAGGAUGACAUGAAUCCUAGGGUCCACGAGUCAUUCGUUUCAGUGGAGAUCCCAGCUAGAGUUCCUACUCCCGUAAAGCAGCCCAAAGAUGAACCUAACGACAAGGAUCUCAAGAAGAAGACCAAGCAAAUAUCUUCCACAGAGAAGGCCAAGAAAUCAAAGAAAACAAGCAAAGCAGAGGCUCCUGAGCGCGAGGAAACUCCUGCUCAGCAAGAGAUGGAUCCUAAACACAGCCCCGGGGUUUCUUCAGCCGGUCAUGACCUUCCUGAGCAACAGAAACCACACGAGCCGCAAGCACAAGAGGUUGAGCAACCUUCCACACGGCGCAGAUCAUCCAGAGUGCCUCCAAAGACGGCAGAGAGAUAUAGCGAUAUCCCCGAGGAAAAGCAGUUUGCCAGGACACUUGCAGGAUCGCGGGGCUCGGAUAGCCAUAGAAUGUCAGGCUCGGCUGACCAAGGCAAUAUGUCGCCUAUUCCUACCUCGAAGAGCACGCCGUCCCUCUCGCCGCAGUCUUCCGAUGCUGAGAACCAGCCACCAUCUCUGAAGCCGUCUGCAACGCGGACCCUGGUAGUAUCACCAUCUAAACAACAGGCAGUACGAAUUCCACUAGCGCCCAACACCCCUUCGCCGUCGAAGCGUAAUGCCAAUGCCGGGGGCCUGCGCACGACCCACCCGUGGAACCCUAUCGAUAUAGAUGAGAUUCUCCUCGCUGGAUCCAGUGACAAAGAGAACGUUGAUUUAAGUUCGGCACUAAAUGACGUGAAGGGCGAUCUGACAAGCCCGGAGAAAAAGAUGUCUGUUGAAGAAUGGAUAAAAUGGCAGGCCAAGAAUGGCGAGGAGAAAUUGAGGCAAGAAUGCGAGAGGCUAGUCGGGCAAUUCGAGAGGGAGGGCGCCCGUGCAAUGCGAGUACUGGAGGGAAUUGAAUGCAUUGAUUGA